CGCCUCCCUCGAUCACUUCCUGGUCUGGUUCAAACGGCGCUGGAGCGGUCUCGUGAAGUCCGAAGUGGUCUCGACUCGAGAGGAGAUGAACUCUGCGACGCGGCCGCGCGCCGAGGCCCGUUUACCGGGGAAGCCUCGCGGGACUCGCUGAUUCACGGACGGAGUUUCACGGUUAACGGGCGGCUGUGACGGGGGACGACGAGCUGCUGCUGCGGCUAGCCUUUGAGCUAACAGGGCUAGAGCUAGUUAGCUUAGCAUCAAGAGACCGAGAGAACUACACAGACGGGUCUAGUUCUAGGAGAGUACAGUUAUAGAAGAGGACUAGAAGAGGACAGGUCUAGUUCUAGGAGAGUACAGUUAUAGAAGAGGUCUAGAAGAGGACCAGUCUAGUUCUAGGAGAGUACAGUUAUAGGAGAGGACUAGAAGAGGUCUAGAAGAGGACCAGUCUAGUUCUAGGAGAGUACAGUUAUAGAAGAGGUCUAGAGUACAGUUAUAGAAGAGAACUGGUCUAGUCCUAUUGGAGGACUGGUCUCAGGUCUAGUCCUAUUGGAGGACAGGUCGCAGGUCUAGAAGAAGACAGGUCUAGUCCUAUUGGAGGACUGGUCUCAGGUCUAGUCCUAUUGGAGGACUGGUCUCAGGUCUAGUCCUAUUGGAGGACAGGUCGCAGGUCUAGAAGAAGACAGGUCUAGUCCUAUUGGAGGACAGGUCUCAGGUCUAGAAGAAGGCAGGUCUAGUCCUAUUGGAGGACUGGUCUCAGGUCUAGUCCUAUUGGAGGACUGGUCUCAGGUCUAGAAGAAGGCAGGUCUAGUCCUAUUGGAGGACUGGUCUCAGGUCUAGUCCUAUUGGAGGACUGGUCUCAGGUCUAGAAGAAGGCAGGUCUAGUCCUAUUGGAGGACUGGUCUCAGGUCUAGUCCUAUUGGAGGACUGGUCUCAGGUCUAGAAGAAGGCAGGUCUAGUCCUAUUGGAGGACUGGUCUCAGGUCUAGUCCUAUUGGAGGACUGGUCUCAGGUCUAGAAGAAGGCAGGUCUAGUCCUAUUGGAGGACUGGUCUCAGGUCUAGUCCUAUUGGAGGACUGGUCUCAGGUCUAGAAGAAGACAACAUGGAGAACAAGGACAAGGUCCAGAUGAGGAACCACCCGCGCAGACAGCUGAAGAAGCUGAGUGAGGACAGUCUCACCAAGCAGCCAGAGGAGGUCUUUGACGUCCUAGAGAAGUUGGGUGAAGGGUCGUAUGGCUGUGUGUUCAAAGCCCAUUAUAAAGAGACGGGGGAGAUCGUCGCCAUCAAACAGGUUCCUGUGGAGUCCGACCUCCAGGAGAUCAUCAAGGAGAUCUCCAUCAUGCAGCAGUGUAACAGUCCUCAUGUGGUGCGCUACUACGGCAGCUACUUCAAGAACAGUGACCUGUGGAUCGUUAUGGAGUACUGUGGAGCCGGAUCAGUCUCUGACAUCAUUAGGCUACGCAACAAGACGAUCACCGAGGAGGAGAUCGCCACCAUCCUGCAGUCCACCCUGAAGGGUCUGGAGUACCUUCACUUCAUGAGGAAGAUCCACAGAGACAUCAAGGCUGGAAACAUCCUGCUGAACUCAGAGGGCCAGGCCAAGCUGGCCGACUUCGGAGUGGCAGGACAACUCACAGACACCAUGGCGAAGAGGAACACGGUCAUCGGCACGCCGUUCUGGAUGGCGCCGGAGGUCAUACAGGAGAUCGGCUACAACUGCGUGGCUGACAUCUGGUCUCUGGGGAUAACGUCCAUCGAGAUGUCUGAGGGGAAGCCGCCCUACGCCGACAUCCAUCCCAUGAGGGCCAUCUUCAUGAUCCCCACCAACCCCCCUCCGACGUUCAGGAACCCAGAUCUGUGGUCUCCGUCAUUCCAGGACUUCGUCAGCCAGUGUUUGGUGAAAAACCCCGAAAACAGAGCGGCGGCCACACAGCUGUUACAGCAUCCCUUCAUCCGGGCGGCUAAGCCCAACUCCAUCCUCAGAGCUCUGAUCACAGACGCCAUGGAGAUCAAACUGAAGAGACAAGAGGAAGCAGAGCAGCGAGAGCAGGAAGACGAAGACAACUCGGACGAGGACGAGGUGGACCAGGGGACGAUGGUGCGGGCGGGAACGGGCGACUUGGGAACCGUCCGCGCAGCCGGCUCGUUGGUCGGUUCCCUCGGCGGCGGCACGGCUCGGACGAUGAUCGCACACGACGACGACGACGACGACGACACGGGAACCAUGCGGUCCCAGCUGGGAACCAUGGUCAUCAACUCUGAUGACGAGGAGGAGGAGGAGGCCGGGACCAUGAAAAGGAGAGACGAGACGAUGCAGCCGGCCAAGCCGUCCUUCCUCGAGUACUUUGAGCAGAAAGAGAAGGAGGCCAACAGUCAGGGAGGAGGAACCAACGCAGACAACCGUAGACCGGCCAACGAAGGAGACCUUGAAGUGGUGAGCUCGUGGUCGGUGGAGGAGCUGCGGCUGCGUCUGGCCUCUCUGGACCCUCAGAUGGAGCAGGAGAUCGAGGAGAUCCGGCAGCGCUACCAGACCAAGAGGCAGCCCAUCCUCGACGCCAUCGAGGCCAAGAAGCGUCGGCAGCAGAACUUCUGAGGAGGACCUGGAGCUUCUCAUCAGCAGGACCUUCUGAGGAGGACCUGGAGCUUCUCAUCAGCAGGACCUUCUGAGGAGGACCUGGAGCUUCUCAUCAGCAGGACCUCCUGAGGAGGACCUGGAGCUUCUCAUCAGCAGGACCUUCUGAGGAGGACCUGGAGCUUCUCUUCAGCAGGACCUUCUGAGGAGGACCUGGAGCUUCUCUUCAGCAGGACCUCCUGAGGAGGACCUGGAGCUUCUCAUCAGCAGGACCUCCUGAGGAGGACCUGGAGCUUCUCAUCAGCAGGACCUUCUGAGGAGGGCAGGACCUUCUGAGGAGGACCUGGAGCUUCUCAUCAGCAGGACUUCUGAACACUGUGGAAAGACUUCUGGGGAUCGAACCACAGAAGAAGAAGAAGAAGAACUUCAUGACGAGCAGCAAUGUUAGAUGAACAUCAGCUGAUCUGGACUCGAGAGGUUCUUUCUCUUUAUUUUAGCUUUUUUACUUUCUCUUUAAACACAGAGAUGCUUUUUGUUCUUAAAGGUACAGUACGACUUAACCUUAAAGGUACAGUGCGACUUGAUAGCUGGUAAUAACCACAUUAUAGUGAGCUAUAACGCUUUUAUUAAAUGUUAGCUUCUGUUCUCGGGUCGUUUGAGCUCCUCUUCAUUUAAAGGGAUUUAACGCGUUGAGUUUUCAUUUUCUGCCAGUUGAAAAGGUUUUAGGGACUUUAUUUAGAUGGAAACUUGACUGUUUAAGCUUCAGUGUUCAUUCAGAGUAUCAUUUUAUUUUUAUAUGUCAGAGUCCGGCGUCUGUGUUUUAGCUUACUGAUGAAAACAAAAGACCUGAGUCGACAGAUUUAUGGAAUCGAUUCAACAAAAUUGAUUUAUUAGUUUGAAACGGCUGUGAAUGAGAUUCCUCCCCCAAAAAAGAGUGUCAGGAAGCUACAGUCUGAAGUAUGAAGCUACAGUCUGAAGUAUGAAGCUACAGUCUGAAGUCUGAAGCUACAGUCUGAAGUCUGAAGCUACAGUCUGAAGUAUGAAGCUACAGUCUGAAGUCUGAAGCUACAGUCUAAAGUCUGAAGCUACAGUCUGAAGUCUGAAGCUACAGUCUGAAGUUACAGUCUGAAGUAUGAAGCUACAGUCUGAAGUCUGAAGCUACAGUCUGAAGUAUGAAGCUACAGUCUGAAGUAUGAAGCUACAGUCUGAAGUAUGAAGCUACAGUCUGAAGCUGAAGUCUGAAGCUACAGUCUGAAGUCUGAAGCUACAGUCUGAAGUAUGAAGCUACAGUCUGAAGUCUGAAGCUACAGUCUGAAGCUACAGUCUGAAGUAUGAAGCUACAGUCUGAAGCUACAGUCUGAAGUAUGAAGCUGUAGUCUGAAGCUACAGUCUGAAGCUACAAGCUACAGUCUGAAGUAUGAAGCUACAGUCUGAAGUAUGAAGCUACAGUCUGAAGUAUGAAGCUGUAGUCUGAAGCUACAGUCUGAAGCUACAGUCUGAAGUAUGAAGCUACAGUAUGAAGCUACAGUCUGAAGCUACAGUCUGAAGUCUGAAGUUACAGUCUGAAGUCUGAAGCUACAGUCUGAAGUCUGAAGCUACAGUCUGAAGUAUGAAGCUACAGUCUGAAGUAUGAAGCUGUAGUCUGAAGCUGCCUCUCCCUCCUCGUUCCUCUCCACAGAACAGAAGCAGGUGUAUUUUUCUACGUUUCUUCCAACAGAAGCGGCUCCUCAGGUCGUAGAACUCAGGGUGUAGAAAUAGAUCGUUUGAUAAAGAAUGUAAAUAUCAGAGCACAUCUGUAUUUGUAUAUUCUGAUUACAGUUGAAGGGUCUAAUCCCCAAACUCGUCUUUAAGUUAUAUUAAAAUAUGUUGCGGUUCUCAACGAGUCCACAAAUCAAGAUGCUGUUUAAACUCAUUCGUGGUUCAUGUUCUGUGUUACAAACCAAACGAAAGCCUUAUGUUCAUGUUCUCAAGGUGACUUUAGUCGGAGGAAAAAAGGGAAAAUAUUCAAAAGUAAUAAUGCAGCUCGAUUGUUGUGAAUUCUGACGCGUGCCGUUUGGCUUCGGCUGUGAAAUUAAGUCGUGAUCACUGGAAAGAAAUGAAACCGUUCUGAUUGUUUCUUUGUUUUUUUAAAUUCUGAAUUAUUGAAACAUGAAAUCGUGUUUUUUAAAUGUCGAAAUCCUGCUGAAACACACGGAUUCAUAUUUCCACAUGUUUCAUUUCUUCGUCUUCGGCAGCUCGAACGUCUCUUUUUGCAGCUUUUUCCACACGUUUUAUAAUAAAUAAAUCAGAUAAAAAUGGAGAAGAGAACGUUUCUUCUUCUGCUGACGUGCACACUUCCUGUUUCUGGAGCUUAUGUUAUGCCUUAAAGAUCCCGUUUGUGUUUCAGGUCGCUGAUAUUUGGUUUGUGCAUUUGUUCUGGUUUGCUUUGUCGAAUAUAGAAAUAAAUAAAAACCUAAGAGA